AUGGCUACGACUCAAAAAGAGCUCGGUCAAAUGGACCUCCAGGAGCGCGUCUCCUACAUCCAGUCGGCGACCAAGGACAAGGAUGUCGAUGGCGACUACGCCGACGCCAAGACGCCCGGUGAGCUCGAUGACGGCGCACUCGUCGCCGGUGGUGCGCUUUCGCUCGUCUCCCGUGAGGCCCUCGCACUCUUCUCGCAGUACUUUGCCAUCGGCAUUCUCUACGGCAUGCUGCCCGGCAUGCAGUACUCGGUCUUCCAAAACUACUUAAAGAUGGAAGGCUACCAAGUGUCGGCCUACGGUGUGCUCGUCGUCCUUGGCUGGUCGUUCAAGGUCUUCUUCGGCAUGCUCUCGGACUGCGUGCCCAUCAUGGGCUAUCGCCGUAAGCCGUGGAUGCUACUCGGUUGGACGAUCGCGACUGUCUGUCUCUGCAUCAUGACGUUCUCGUCAUUCCCGGAUCCGUACUGCGAUGCGCGCAAGAUUCCAUGCCCCAAGAAGGUGCCGACCGGCGUCAACAUGACUGCGGAACUUCGCAAGUGGUACAACUUUGACGCGCCGGACCAGGGCGGCAAAGCCCGCAACCCCGCGGCUGCCAUGGCCACACGCAAGUGGUGCGUGCCCGUUCCGGCCAAGCCGAUUCGGUACUGCAGCGCUUGUGCCAAAAACAGUCCAGGGCUCGACCAUCACUGCACGUGGCUCAAUACGUGCAUUGGCGAGGCCAACUACGAGCCUUUUUACCUCCUGAUCCUAUCCGGCACCUGUGCAACGCUGUACCAAGCCGUCGUGGGCAUCGUCCUGGCCACCUACUGGCUCGACGACGUUCUCGUGUGGCAUCCGGCAGCGCACCGGGACGGCCUUCUCGUGGCGAUCUGGCUGCACAAUAUUAUCUGCCUCGUGCUGGGCGUGGCAUACGGCGCCCUCACGGGCUUCCACACAUACCUGCUCUACCUCCGCAUGGGCACGUACGACUUUAUCCUCAAGUACGGCAUGCAGAACCGCUGCAUUCGGAUGCUCAAGUGCCAAUGCCUCUCGCCCUCGCGGCCGCUGAAAACCAACGUACCGUCCAAAACCCCAAAAUCGCCGCCCACGCCUGCUAAAAAAGGGGACAGCGUCACGCCCGACAGCGCCGCCGACUGGAAGCAGUCUCGCAAGCUCGGUCCGACGGCAGGUAAUGCGACGAUGGCGGCGACAAAGGUGUCGGAAGGACGCCGAUCGACCAAGAUCUCGGUCGUCGACGAGCUCACAGACGUCCCGCAUGCCCGGCGCUCUGGGUCCAUCAAGUCGUUUGAGCAUCUCUCGGUGCAUGAAGUUCAAAUGGCACCUGCACCCGUCUCGGCCGCGGCCAACAACGACGACCCAUCCAUGGAGAGUGAUCCCUUGGAGUAA